UUAUUGCCAUAUUAGAGACUUCCAAAAUGGUUCAAAUCAGGAUUAAGAUGCUUGCGUUUACGGGACUUCUUUUUCUGAUUUUUCCAUCUUUUGCUUUUCUUUUGGAAUGCAAGUCGGGCAAUGGCGUCAACUACAGAGGAACCACAACAAAAACCAUUUCUGGAAGAACCUGUCAAAGAUGGGACAGCAACACACCACACAAACCAAAGUCAGUCUUUAAUCUCCAGGAGUGCAUGUUCUGCAGUGGCGAGAAUUACCGUGGUAAAAUUUCCCAAACAGAGGAUGGUGUUACAUGUCAGCAUUGGAAUUCACAAACACCGCACCUUCAUGGAUAUACCCCAACCACUUUUCCAGAUAAAUAUCUCAAGGAGAACUACUGUCGGAAUCCUGAUGGAGAACCCAGGCCGUGGUGUUUUACAACUGACACCCAAAAGCGAUGGGCGUUCUGCAACGUUCCACGUUGUGGCGCAGACCCUCCUGAUAUUGAAGUGGACACAGAGUGUUACACAGGCACAGGCCAGAGGUAUCGUGGAGCCAUGACAACCACUAUUUCUGGUAAAAUCUGUCAAAGAUGGGAUGUUCAGGUUCCGCACAUGCACUCAAGAACUCCUGAGAACUAUCCCUGCAAAGGACUAGAAGGUAAUUACUGCAGGAAUCCAGAAAAUGAAAAGGAGCCCUGGUGUUACACCACUGAUCCAGGUACAAGAUGGGAAUAUUGCCAAGUACAAAAGUGUGGCCAUUUACCUCCAGGGCCAUUGAGUGAAAAUGCACCUACUGAUUGUUUUAGUGGAAAUGGUUAUAAUUAUCGAGGGACAACAUCUGUGACAGUGUCGGGAAGAAGAUGCCAGGAAUGGGAUUCCAUGACACCACAUAGCCAUGAGAAAACAUCAAGCAAUUUUCCAAAUGCGGGUCUAUUUGAUAACCACUGUAGAAAUCCUGAUCAGGAUAGGGCUCCUUGGUGCUUCACAACUGACCCUUUGGUCCGAUGGGAAUACUGCAGGAUUUCAAAGUGUGACACUGCACCAUCUCAAUCUCCCUCUAUAAUUCCUGUACAUGGAGGAAGCAGUGAGGCCUUGCAAGCACCUGAUGGUCAAUCAGACUGCCGAGUAGGUAAUGGAGCGACAUAUCGCGGGACAAGAUCAACCACAUCUAGUGGAAGAACAUGCCAACACUGGUCAGCGAUGACACCCCAUUUUCAUACUGUCUUCACUGCUGAAUCAAAUCCUGAUGCUGGACUGGAGGAAAAUUAUUGCAGAAAUCCGGAUGAAGACCCCAAUGGUCCAUGGUGUUAUACAACAGAUCCCCAAAAAAGAUAUGAUUCCUGUAAUGAUAUUCCCAUAUGUGGACAAGAGCCUAAUGAAUGUGGAAGGCCUAUUGUUGAACCCAAGAAAUGUUUUGGAAGAAUUGUUGGUGGCUGUGUAUCCAAACCAUAUUCCUGGCCUUGGCAAGUUAGUCUUCGCACCAAUUUGGAUGCUCACUUCUGUGGAGGAAGUCUUAUUCAUACCAAUUGGGUGGUAACAGCCAAACGCUGUUUAGACCGUUCCUUCAACCCCUUGGCCUACAGAGUCUAUCUUGGAAUAUACAGAGAACGUGCACAUGAACCAUCGAGACAGAUCAUUCAGGUUGACAAAAUUUUUCUCGAACCCACUGGGAAUGACAUUGCUUUAUUAAAACUUAAAAGGCCAGCAGUCCUGACUGACAAAGUGGCAUUAAUCUGUUUGCCAACACAGCGCUAUAUAUUACCAACUGGAGCUGAUUGCUAUGUUUCAGGCUGGAGUGAAACUCAAGGAACUGGACGUGAAGGGGUUUUAAAAGAAGCAGGUUUCUCGGUGAUAGAAAAUAGCAUUUGCAAUCGGCCUGAACAUUUGAAUGGAAGAGUGAAAAUCAGUGAACUAUGUACAGGAAAUAUUGAAGGUGGUGUUGGCAAUUGUCAGGGUGACACCGGAGGCCCUUUGGUAUGUCCAAAUUCCAGAGGCAAAUAUAUUCUCCAAGGAGUAACAUCUUGGGGUCUUGGUUGUGCAAGUCGAAUGAAGCCAGGUGUUUACGUCCGUGUUUCAUUUUUUGUUGACUGGAUUGAAAACACCAUAAGGCAUGGUUAACAAAGAUAUAACUCAGCACAAUAAUCAAAUGUUUCCUGUCAUUCAGAAUGUAAAAUUCCAUAUGUGAAUUAUUAAAUUCUU